CACGAGCCCGGGCCGGCUCGGCACCGCGGUCAUGGCCAAGGAGCGGCGCAGGGCGGUGCAGGAGCUGCUGCGGCGGCCGGGGAACUCACGCUGUGCCGACUGCGGCGCCCCAGACCCCGACUGGGCAUCCUACACCCUGGGGGUGUUCAUCUGCCUGAGCUGCUCUGGAAUCCAUCGGAGUAUUCCCCAGGUCAGCAAGGUGAAGUCGGUCCGCUUGGACGCCUGGGAUGAGGCCCAAGUGGAGUUCAUGGCCUCCCAUGGGAACGAAGCUGCCAGGGCCACAUUUGAGUCCAAAGUGCCGUCUUUCUACUACCGGCCCGCGUCCUCCGACUGCCAGCUCCUGCGAGAGCAGUGGGUCCGUGCCAAGUAUGAGCGGCAGGAGUUCAUCCUCCCUGAGAAGCAGGAGCCCUACUCUGCAGGGUACCGCGAGGGCCUUCUCUGGAAGCGAGGCCGGGACAACGGGCAGUUUUUAAGCCGAAAGUUUGUGCUGACGGAGCGAGAAGGGGCCCUGAAGUAUUUCAACAAAAAUGACGCCAAGGAGCCCAAGGCCAUCAUGAAGAUCGAGCACCUGAAUGCAACCUUCCAGCCAGCUAAGAUCGGCCACCCCCAUGGCCUGCAGGUCACCUACCUGAAGGACAAUAGCACCCGCAACAUCUUUGUCUACCACGAGGAUGGGAAGGAGAUGGUGGACUGGUUCAAUGCGCUACGGGCUGCCCGCUUCCACUACCUGCAGGUGGCCUUUCCGGGGGCCAGCGACGUGGACCUGGUGCCGAAGCUAUCCCGAAACUACCUAAAGGAAGGCUACAUGGAGAAGACAGGGCCCAAGCAAACAGAAGGCUUCCGGAAGCGCUGGUUCACCAUGGAUGACCGCAGGCUCAUGUACUUCAAAGACCCCCUGGAUGCCUUCGCCCGAGGGGAGGUCUUCAUUGGCAGCAAGGAGAGCGGCUACACGGUGCUGGAAGGGCUCCCACCAUCCACCCAGGGGUACCACUGGCCGCACGGCAUCACUAUUGUCACACCCGAGCGCAAGUUCCUGUUCACCUGUGAGACGGAGGCAGGCCGGAGGGAGUGGGUGGAGGCCUUCCAGAAGGUGGUGGGCAGGCCCAUGCUACCCCAGGAGUACGCAGUGGAAGCCCACUUCAAGCAUAAGCCCUAGCAAGACGUCUGAGGCCCGAGGACCCUGGACUCAUGGGACUGGCUGUCAAGGAGGUGGCCAGUGGCCCCAGCCAGCCCUGCUCCUUGGAGCAGCAAAGCAUGGCCAGGUAGGGCCUGAGCUUCGGCCGCUAGGACGUGAGUCUGGAACCUCAUUGAAGGCGACCCCAGCCCCGUCAACACUGCAGCUGACCACACCUGGCUGACCCACACCCCUCCCUGCCCAGCCCCCAGCCAGGGCAGCCCCACUAACUCCGUGCUCCCAGCCCAGCCAGAGGUUACAUGAGGCCUCGGGAACAGACUCAGCUGGGCUGCUGAGGACGAGGGUCUGCCGCAUGCCUCCCUUCCCCUUCCCACCUCAACAAGUAUUUAUUGAGGGCCUGCUGCGUGUUGGUUACGGGUCCUCUGGGGAAUGUGUGCACACAGGCCCUGCCAGCUGGAGUCCCAGUGCUCCUGGGCACCUGGCCUGGGGCGGGAGGGCCUGUGCUUGGGCACUGGGUGCCCUGCUCAGUGCUCGGCCUGGCCAGUGACCCAUGCCCACCAGCCCUGGCCUUGCGAUCUUUGAGCCCCUGGGGCGGGGUGCCCCUGCAGUCCAGCUCCCCCAGCUGGGCCCUGCUUGCUGCUGGCAGGCCAGUAGUUAAAGCCACCCUGUAUUUAUUUCUCACCUGAUCUCUUUCUGUGCUGCAUCCUGGUCACCCAGGAUAGCCAGGGUGGAGCGUGCAGUGGGGACACGCCUGCCCACGGGAGCUGGGGGAAGUCUCCUGAGCUGGUGUUCUGCACCCACGUCGUGUCCUGGAAUAAACUGUGGCUCUGGCAUGGACCCUUCUGUGUGUA